AUGUUUGGAUCAGCAUUGGUCCUCCUUCUCUUGGUGGUGGCCCCUGUAGUGUACCGGCUGCGCUUUCAUCCGCUCAGCCACAUACCGGGCCCACCCAUUGCAGCUGUUUCAUCCCUAUUCCUUUAUGCUCUAUGCUAUCUUGGGAUUGAGGGCAGUGUUCUACGCCGAUAUCAUGAGCAAUACAAGACCAAGGUGCUUCGAGUUGGCCCCAACGCUGUUUCGGUAGCCGACAGUGAUGCUGUCCGCGAUAUCUACGUGGCAGGAGGUGGAUUUCCAAAGGACGGUCGCUACAGAAACUUCAACCUUGGCCCAAUUGUGACGAUUUUCUCCUCCAUCGACACAGUCUACCGUGACGCGAGAGCCAAAGCCGUCGCGCCAAUCUUCUCACCUGUGCGGCUGCGGAGAGAGAGCACUCCCAAGGGCUCCAUCGGCCGACAUGUGGCCGAUUUCGUGAGCCAACUUUGUGCGUUUCGAGAUGGGGGAGUCAAGACCGACAUUCUAGACCUCUGUGCAAAGCUAUCUAUCGAUGUCGUGUCGGAAUAUGUGCUUGGCCAGCCAUUCGGCGGAUUGACUGAGCAUGCACAUCUGGGCCUAGCAGAGCGGCAGACCGCUGAUGCAAAGCUGAGCGCGAACGAGUUCAUCCAUGCCAUUGUCGGCUUUGCUCGCUUCUCAUUGCUACCAAACCGCUUGUUCAAGCUGGCCUACUCCACGUCCCAAAAGAUACAUCACGACGAUAAAGUCGACAAGUCGUUAGCAAGGAUCCAAGAAUUCAUGGGACAGGUGAUGGCAAGCACCAAGGCAGGCAAGACAAUCGACCAUUAUCAGGACCGUCUGCUCGCAGCAGGUGUUUCUAUUCCCGAGACCGCGGGCCAAAGUGAGGCUAUUCUUUUCGCGGGCGGAGAUUCAACGGCUGUCAUGCUGGCCACCACAUUAUUCCACCUGACGCGCAACAAAGAAGCGCACGCACGCCUUCUUCACGAAAUUCGUGCCGCCGUACCAACAACAGACAACAAGCAACCUGACCUCCCCUUUCUGCGCGCAUGCGUUAAGGAGGGCUUGCGUUUGGGCAUGGCCAACCCAACAAGGUUGACGCGCGUCGUGCCACCCGGCGCCAAUUUGGCUGUCGACGGCGUCGCAAUACCAGCCGGAACCGUGGUUGGUUGCGCGGCUUAUAUUUUGCAUCACGACCCGUCCGUCUUCCCAGAUCCGUUUGCCUUCCGGCCCGAGCGGUGGAUGGACCACGCGUCGAGCGCUGAUCUACGUCGUCCGGAUAUGGACAGGACCAUGAUCCCUUUUGGGGCAGGUCUGCGUGCGUGUCUUGGCAAGAAUUUAGCUAUGCAACAACUUCUGGAGACUGUGGCGGCUGUAGUGGACAGCGAAGUCUUGGUAAAGGCUCGAACGAGCGAGGAGAAAAUCGAGGUAAUCCAGUGGUUCAAUGGUGACAUCAAGGGCCACCAAAUAAACAUUGAUUGGUGA